AACCUUGUACAUGAAAAUCCAUGGUAACAGUGGUAAUGACUAUCCACAUGGAAACAAACACAAAGAGGGCAAUAAUUGAAAAUGAGAGAAGUGCCAGAGUUAAGAGGCUGAAAACCUUGGCGUCUCAGGUCUGUCUAUGUUAAUGCAGUGGAGGUAGGUGCAAAAAGGAGGUGGUGAAGGAGGAGAAGCAAGGGGUGGUCUGUAGAGUGACACGAGAGGCGAGCCGGGGGGAGUCAAACAGUGCAGAGCCUGCCUGGGAGACACAGCGCACUUAAUCCAGCUGCCUGGGAGGGAGAGAGAGAUCUCAAGACAAUCUAGAGGAAAGAGCAGGUAAUUUUCAAGCUGAUACACACUCCCCUCAUUACCAAGCACACACACACACACAGGCUUUUCCUCCUCACACACACCACACCGUGGCAGGUGGCCUCUGCUCAGAUCAGUAGCUGUGGUAGAAGCCAUCUUAAACAGCCUCACUGAGGUUUGAGGUGAGGUUUGGAUCCUCCCUGACCAUUGGAGCGUGAGCAGAGUUACUGUAGGAGAGCUGGAGCUUCACUUUCUUCCCCAGUGCUGAGAGACCGCACGCCAGGCACGAGGCUCCCCACUCCUCCCCUCUCCCACUCCUGCCUUUUCCUGGGCUUUCGUCCAGAGAAUGACUGGCUCCAGUGGACCCAAGAGGAGGAACGCAGCCUGAGGAUACAGUAUAGCAGCUCCAGCCCUGCCUGCCUGCCUGCCUGCCUGCUGGGACACACAAAUGCACUGAGGUUUUACAAAUCAGCUCCAACACCUUUGUGGGAUUCAUUUAUUAUUUUAUUUUUUUUCCUGUCAUCAGAUCAGAAAGAGUGGAUCUAAGCUGGGCAUACAGACAGACAAACAAACAGACGGACUGACAUAUGGACAGAGAGCAGUGGGCACUGCGGCGUGAAUGUAGCAACUGGACUUCUCUUCUCCCUGGUUACUAAGACCAAACAAGGAUAACAGCCAGAGCACUAUCCUGUCCACCGAGGUAGUGGGUGGAUGCAGCUUUCAUCAGACCGCUAUAGGGGAAAGCAGAGACUGUAUAGAAGCUGCAGAGAUACAUGUGCUGAUUGUCAGAAAAUGGACUGUUGCCUCCAAGAAGACUUUUGUUGGAUCGCUAUCGCUUAUUAAAGAGUGUUUGCAGGAACUUGCAGCACAAAGACUUUAUUUCUUUUCAUGGACUUUGCUGCCCGUGUUGAGUGGACCUGCAGGAUUUCUGUGUAGAUGAACGUGGAGUGCGUCUCUCAAUGAGGAUGGCAGAGUGCAUAAGGACUGUGUAUCAGACACUGAUGCUGCUGUAUCUUGUUCUGCUGGGCACGGCUCACACAGCCCACAGCAUCUACCCAAGGAUACGCCUCUCCCACAAAGAGCUUUGGCAGCUGAACAGGACCUGGGUGUUCCAGGGACAUGGAGCAUCUCUUCAGCCCCAGACCAUGCUGCUGGAUGAGGGCCACGAGAGGCUUUAUGUUGGGGCCAAGAAUACUCUGUUCUCUCUCAGCUUGGACCGGGUUAACUCGGAGCACAGGGAGAUCCAGUGGGCCAGUACAGAAUCUCAGAUUGAGGAGUGCUUGAUGAAGGGAAGGGAAAAGUCGGAGUGUGCUAACUACAUCAAGGUCUUGCAGCAAUACAACCAGACCCAUCUGCUGGUCUGUGGAACAGGAGCUUUUAACCCCAUUUGUGUCCUGGUCAAAGUGGGACACGCAGGGCAGGACAAGCAGUUUGCUCUUGAAGAAGACAGCAUCAUGAGUGGCAGAGGACGCUGUCCAUUCGACCCCAACAGUCCGUGCACGUCUACGCUCUCCAGAGGAGAGCUGUACAUCGGCCUCUACACUGACUACUGGGAGAACGAUGGCGCGUUCUGUCGACUUAACAACCAGACCUACGCACGUACUGAGAGAGACGACAGGCAGCAACUCAACGAACCUAAAUUUGUGGGGUCGGCAGUUAUUCCUGACAACGACGACAGAGACGAUGAUAAAGUUUACUUCUUCUUCACUGAGCGAGAGAUGGAUGCUGAGGGAGUGAACAAGGCCGUGUAUACUCGUGUGGGGCGAGUCUGUGCGAAUGACCAAGGAGGACAGAGGAUGCUGGUGAAUAGAUGGAGCUCCUUCCUGAAAACCCGUCUUAUCUGCUCUGUGGCUGGACCCAACGGCAUUGAUACACACUUUGAUGAACUUGAGGACGUGUUUGUGCUCAAGAACAAGGAUGGGAAAAACCCCGAAAUCUUUGGCCUCUUUAGCACAACAAGCACGGUGUUUAAAGGCUACGCAGUGUGUGUCUAUCACAUGGAUGAUAUAAGAGCAGCCUUCAACGGUCCGUUUGCCUACCGAGAGAGACCGGAGCAUCACUGGACGCCUUACGAGGACAGAGUCCCCUACCCUCGACCUGGAUCUUGUGCCAGUAAAGUGAACGGAGGUGGCUUCUCCAGCUCAAAGGAGUUUCCGGAUGAGGUUUUGCGGUUUGUGCGUUCUCAUCCUGUGAUGUAUCGUCCAGUCCUUCCCCAGCACCGUAGACCUGUCCUGCUGCAGACAGAGCCAGGCAGCAGAAAGCUGACCCAGAUCGCUGUGGACAGAGUCCAAGCACAGGAUGGACACUACCACGUUCUCUACAUCGGCACCGACGACUCAGUGGUGCUGAAAGUUAUCACCAUCUACAACAAAGACACAGACACUAUGGAGGAGGUGCUGCUGGAAGAGCUGCAAAUAUUCAAGGUGCCGGCACCAAUAAGAGAGAUCAUAAUAUCACCUAAAAGGCAACAGCUGUAUGUCGGGUCAGAGGUGGGUGUAGCCCAGGUCAGACUGCAUCAGUGUGACCUCUAUGGCUCCGAAUGUGCUGACUGUUGUCUGGCCAGAGACCCCUACUGUGCCUGGGAUGGUCUCACCUGCUCCAGAUACUACCCCGCUGGAGUCUACACCAAAAGCAGACGAUUCAGGCGGCAGGAUGUUCGCCAUGGCAACGCCGUCCAGCUGUGCAAUGGGCUGCAAAUUGAUGAUGAACAAUGGCACAGAGCUGAGGAGAGGCUGGUUUACGGCGUGGAGAGCAACAGCACUUUGCUCGAGUGUGUCCCUCGAUCACUUCAAGCCAAGGUCCUCUGGUUCUUACAGAAAGAGGGAGAGAAACAGGAGGUUCGAGGCGACGAGCGGGUUAUCAUGACUCCCCACGGGCUGCUGUUUUUACAAGUGAGAAGCUCCGAUGCGGGGAUGUACGUGUGCCAGACUGUGGAACACGGAUAUGUGCACACAUUACUACGCAUCUCUCUACACGUGCUCAAAGGGGAGAGGGUGGAGUCGGCGAUCCGCGGGGCUAACGACGGGGACGGAGAGAAAGCUGCGGCUCCGUGCCUCUCCUCCGUGGGCCUCCCGCCGGGCCCCAGCAUCAGCCCCAGGGCUCUGGUGCCAUCCUCAAUCCCAGCAGGCCCCCACUCCAGGCUGUGGUACAAGGAGUUCCUCCAGCUGAUUGGCUACGGGGACGCUCAGAGAGUGGAGGAGUACUGUGAGAGAGUGUGGUGCUCUGAUAAAAAACGUAAAAAGACCAAAAGGAAGUAUGUUCCUCCAGGUGGCGAGAAGAGAGGGAAACGGAGAGGAGAGGAGAACUCCCACCGAGCGCCCAGGCACACCUCGGACACCUGAGGAGAACAGAGAUUGACUGCACACACACACACAUACACACACACACACACACACACACAAUCUAAAGGUCACUCUGUGUUUGCACCAUGUAAAAGGUUUUCACUUUGCUUUCAACAAGAGCAUUAACAGCAAAACAACAGGACUGUAGCAGGCUGUCGGAGCAGCAUUCAUUUAUCACUCAGUAGUUUGACUGUGAUAUUUCCACUUAUUUUAAAAAGGCUUUUUUCUUUUCUUCUUUUUUUUGUGUGGUAUAAACUGAUUUACGUGGUGCAGACCCCGGGUAAAUACUACAAACGUCCCUGGGAGGAGACGGACGACUGAUUUAGCGAUGUUGCCUCUGAUCUGAAGAGACAGAAUAUAAUAUUUAAGCUCCUGUGGACUGACCCAGCCCAACCCAGCCGUCAAUCCAAACGCACACAAAGACUGCUACACUUAACCCCGCCUCUCAUUCAAUGACUUCAAUACAUGACUUACUGUAUCUAUUAUGAGAGAAAACUAUGUUAAAGGUAACGGCCUUCUCAUCUUUUUUUUUUUUUUUUUUGGUACUAUGAUAACUUAUUUUCUUGGUCUCUACUUUGUAGUUGUUUUUAGAUGUCAUAAACUGGAAAAUAUAGUGUUGUUGUUUUUGUACAGUGUAAAAUGCCUUGAGCUUUAUGAUAAUUUGAUUAUAAUAUGUUCAUGGCUGUGGUGUGUGUGUGUGGUUAUAAUGGCCACAAUGCAUACAGUUAAGAUGUUGCAAUGCCACUAUUAUGGGUAUUUGAGGCAUGUUUUAAUUAUAAUUAUGCCCUCAAUGGAAAUAAUUACUAUUUAAGCACUUGUGAAAACUGGUACAGUAGAUUAAAAGUGGUCCUAUUAUUGUUCUUGUAAGUGGCUACAUUUACAUCAGAUUAUCAAAUGUACCAACAGUAUUGUGUGUAUUGUAUAUUGUAUUUAUCUAAAAUUCAGGAUGGUAUUUGUGUGCACAUCUGGUAACUGUGUAUUCAAAAAUCCAUCCUUCUCUCUCUCUCUGUCUCUUAUUUGUUCUCCCUCAGUCAGCCCUUCCUCCUCCAACAUUUCCCGCCUUUUGUUCGUCUGUAACGAUGUUGCAGAUGUGAUUCACAAUUACCAACGCAAAAACAGCAAUGUAGAACACCACAUUCCCCUCGGAAGAAGAAAAAAAAAGACAACUAAUUGUUAGGGUGACCAUGUAGGCAUGCCUUUAGCAAAACUCAUCAUGAGUCAGCCUCAUGAAUAUUCAGUUAACCCUGAGAUGACAGAAACAUCAAACAAUCUGAAAUGCAUUGUAGUUGUUGUGCUAAUUCCAUGUCGUGCCUUAUUUAUCUCUUAAUUUUGUCACUUUAGAGUUUCGACCUUGUUGCAUUCAUAAUGGGGUAAAAACAAUCGCUUGGUCUCUGUCAAGGCCUCAUAUCGUCACUCACCGUUCUCCUUGAAUAUUCUUCAACUGGGAGCUUUGACUUAGAUGGAAAAUGUUGUAUCUGCUAUACCCCUUAUAAAUACCUGCCAUUAAAGAAAGAUGGACCAUCCUU